AUGACUGAGCGAGUGAGGGUCUGCGUGAACCCAGAUAAGGUGAAGCCUUCAACACAGGUAAAUGCCAAGAUAGAAAAAGUGCCUCCCCUUAACACCGCUUACCGAAGACAGAGGAGCGCGAAGGUGAUAAUAUCAUCAAAAACUCAGAGCAGAGCUAAGAGGAAACUUGAAGCCUCUUCGCAGCAGCACGAGGCCUGUUGUCCCGACACGAAGCUGCAGCAGCAGCAACACGAGGCCUGUUGUCCCGACACGAAGCUGCAGCAGCAGCAACACGAGGCCUGUUGUCCCGACACGAAGCUGCAGCAGCAGCAACACGAGGCCUGUUGUCCCGACACGAAGCUGCAGCAGCAGCAACACGAGGCCUGUUGUCCCGACACGAAGCUGCAGCAGCAGCAACACGAGGCCUGUUGUCCCGACACGAAGCUGCAGCAGCAGCAACACGAGGCCUGUUGUCCCGACACGAAGCUGCAGCAGCAGCAACACGAGGCCUGUUGUCCCGACACGAAGCUGCAGCAGCAGCAACACGAGGCCUGUUGUCCCGACACGAAGCUGCAGCAGCAGCAACACGAGGCCUGUUGUCCCGACACGAAGCUGCAGCAGCAGCAACACGAGGCCUGUUGUCCCGACACGAAGCUGCAGCAGCAGCAACACGAGGCCUGUUGUCCCGACACGAAGCUGCAGCAGCAGCAACACGAGGCCUGUUGUCCCGACACGAAGCUGCAGCAGCAGCAACACGAGGCCUGUUGUCCCGACACGAAGCUGCAGCAGCAGCAACACGAGGCCUGUUGUCCCGACACGAAGCUGCAGCAGCAGCAACACGAGGCCUGUUGUCCCGACACGAAGCUGCAGCAGCAGCAACACGAGGCCUGUUGUCCCGACACGAAGCUGCAGCAGCAGCAACACGAGGCCUGUUGUCCCGACACGAAGCUGCAGCAGCAGCAACACGAGGCCUGUUGUCCCGACACGAAGCUGCAGCAGCAGCAACACGAGGCCUGUUGUCCCGACACGAAGCUGCAGCAGCAGCAACACGAGACCUUGAGUGAGAAGGCGAGUCGUCUGAGCGAGUGGAACCCGCCUGCGGUGCCUGGACGGCGCAACACUGCUGCUCUCGCCGGCUGCGCUCGCAUGGACGGCGCAAUACUGCUGCACAGUCGCUCCCUGAAAUUUAUCAUGUAA